AUGCUGCGAGUGUUCAUCGAUCUAGCGAGGCUUUUGGAUAGGGCUAACGCUAUUCUAGCUGAGGCUGCACAGAGCAAAAACGAAGGAGACCUGUCGGAGCAUGUUAAGUGUCUCGAGCGCGCAGCAGUGGAUUUCAGUCAGAUAAAAUACUUUAUUGGCAAGGGCGGGGAUUCGCCGUUUGUCCAGCAGGCAGAAACACGGAUGCGUGGUAUCGAGAAGGCGCUGAAACUAGCGCUAUAUACUUUCUUUGUGCGCUGCGUCGACCAGCAUCUCGCAUAUUUCAGCGAGGACGCCGAUACUCAGGACGAGACGGAAAACCUGCUAUGGCUGUCGCAGUGUCUGCGCGCAUACAGCACUAUUGAUGAGCAGGCGGAGGCCGAAAGCAUUUUGAGGAAUCGGCUGGUGAAGCCGUUUGUGCAUGGCGCGGUGGCCGGUCAGCCUGGCAAGGGCAUGGGCAUGGAUUCGCAGGCUCUGGCAGAUAUGUUGGAGCGCAUCAUUGGAUUUGUCGCGCGUGUCGGGAUUCCGUUAGUCGACGGCGUUUGUGCACAUCUGCCGACCAGCCAGUAUAACCUCAAGACGCAGGUAUUUUGGCACGAGAUAUCUGACGCGAUAAUGACAUCGCUGCCAUUGCUGUUUGUACCGGGGAUGCCAGAUCGAUUCCAUCACAACUACCAGAUUGUGUGUCGGUUUGUGCGCGACUUUAGCGAUCUAUUCAAGCACGCCGAUUCAAUAUCCGCUGCUGUCGACUUUGCCAAGGACGAGCAUUUUGUGGAGUUCCACCGCAAGUGGCAAUUAUCAGCGUACUUUGCGAUUCGAAAGACCCAAAUCAUCGAUGCCAUCGAGGGCAAGGAACCAGCAACGCCGACAAGGAAAUCGCUGGAUCGGGUUCAAUUGGGGCUGUGCACUGACACUGCCGCCUUGGCUGUGUGGGCGAUCCGCCGGUGUUGGUCGGCAGAUGUGUACUUGGCGCCGCUGGCGUUUCGGUUCUGGCAGCUGAGUAUCCAGGUCGUG